CUUUGACACUUUGGAGAUAUAUACAUGCUACACAUUCCUGUGUUGACUCUCUAUGAGGUCUUCACUUCCUACCAUAUCUUUGAUGACAGAUCCAGACUACUUUAACUAGCACACAACACCACAUGGAAGAUGGUUCUAAAGUCUACCUUUGAGGGACGAGGCUGGGGAGAGUAUCCUCUCUACCUUCCGGACGAGAAUCAUGACAACCUUGACGAGCCUCAUGAACCACGCAACACAACCAAGACUCUAGCAGAAGAAUUAACCGCUUGUGGGGAGGAUCCUUUUUGCCUUGAGGGAUUCUCCGACUCCAAGACUACCAAACCGAUGAUGGACCACAUUCCAAGUGACCCCAAUAGACGCCCCAAGGCUCACAUGGGAAAGAGGUUUUUGAAACACUAUCUGCCCAUUCUCAAGUAGAACAGAAGACAACCUGAGAAGGAAAGCUCCACUGGUAUUCGACAGCAGGAUCAUAUCACAUCUUCAACUCAGCAGGCGGAGCGCCAAACUUCAAUAGAGAAUGUGCGGGGGUCAGAAUACGCUAUUGACCCAACGGUGAUAGGGAACGUUUGAAUAACCGGUGUUCUUAAACCGGCCAGACUUCUUGGUGAGCACAUAAGCGGGUCCAUUGGAUAUUAUUAUUGCCCGUACCGAAUAGAUAGUAUGAAAGGAAAGGGAUUCGAGUGGGGAGAGAUCAACGGAUUGCUGUCAUUGAUCCGACUUGAAUCUGAUAUCUAGGGAUACGUUUAGAUACAGCCACAUAGUUUGAAUGAAACAUAAGCUGC